AUGGCAUCUGAUGAUCGGAUCACGGCGUCGAAGAUGGCAGGAGGAGACCGGCUAAGCGCUCUCCCGGACAAGGCGCUGGAGCGCGUCCUCUCCCACCUCGUGACCGACGAGGCCGUGCGCACCAGCGCGCUCUCCAGCCGGUGGCGCUACGUCCACGAGGGCGUCCCCGUCGUCGACCUCGUCGACACCAAGACAGGCGAGCGGGCAAACCGCAUGGACGACCUCAAGGUCUGCUUCGACCACCAGGUGGCGUGCGCGAUCCUCGGCAAGGGAGCGGAGACGCCGAUCCGCGUCCUCCGUCUCGGCGGCGUCCUCCACGUCCCGUACGACCUGCUCGACCAGUGGAUCGCCACCGCCGCCACCUCCGGCGUCGAGGACCUCGACAUCGAUCUCAGGUACGAUGAAUCCGCCCCGGGCCCGCUCUGCCCGUUCCGCCGAUCACCGGACCAGGACGAUUCCUGGAUGUACACCGUGACGCCGCGCCAAACCUUCAGCUGCCGCACGCUCCGCCGCCUGCGCCUGUCGUGCUGGGCGCUCGACCUGCCGGGCAGCGUGGACAUGGCGUCGCUGGAGACGCUCCACCUCGACAGGGUCACGGCCCGAGACGGGCUGCUGCAGCAGCUGCUCUCGAGCUGCCCGCGCCUCGCCAGCCUGACGCUGGAGGAAUGCCUGGCCAUCAAGGAGAUCACGGUGACCAGCCCGUUCCUGCGUAGCUUCGCCAUGAUCUGCUGCCACAAUGCCACCGCCGUCGAGCUGCGCACCACCUGCCUCCGGUCGCUGCACUACAAAGGCGGCCUUCCUCCUCGCGGGCCGCCGUUCAUCGUCAUCGCAGACUACCUGGCAGUCACGGCGGUGAGGAUUGAAAUCUGCCAAGGCAUCUGUCGCGAGGAAUCACCGGAAGUUGCUCCGGUCAUGGCCCUCAUCGGCCGGUGUGAAAAGCUGGCGCGUCUUGACCUCUGCUUGUUCCUUUCAGUGGCCUACUACAGCAGCUUGCUCACAAGCGUCCUGCGUGACCUGCCGCACCUCAGGCAGCUGAUCCUCGAGGGCAGCCUGGUCACCGACGACGCGGUCCCGUUGGUCGCCGCCUUGCUUCGCAGCACCAAGGACCUGGAAGUGCUGGCGCUGCUACAUCGGGGUCCAGAGCCUCCAAAGGAAGUGACUCCCUCGCAUGACGAAGCAAAUGCCAAGCCACAGAAGAAGCGACGCGUCGUCAACGACGUGACAGGCGUCUAG